AGUACUGAUUAAACUUUUUUUUUUCUUUUUUUUUUUUUUAACAUUUUAGCAACAAAAAAGGCAAUAGAAAAACCCGAAAAAGGCAUAAACUUUCCGUCCGACUUUUUUGUUUUCACGUAGUAAAUCAUAAUUAUGAGCACCUUAAUAAUCACAAUUCACAAAUACUCACUUUAAUCUCACAGAUUAAAAAUCCUUAUCACUAAAUACAGCUGCCGGAGCUAAUUAAAGAAUCUCCAUUACUUUACUACUACAUCUCCAUUAUUAUUACCAUCUUUCCCUAUUCUGCAUAUUUAAUAUAAAAAAAUAACUACUUACAAAAAAUAUAGAACAAAACAAGAAUUCUUGGUAUUGGUAUCAUCGAUCUACUUUAAUCCAAACAAAAAAUCCCCAACAAAUAUUCUCCACAUUUCUUAAUUCUGGGGUGUCUUAUUUUUACAAAAAAAAAAAAUUCUUAGUAUUUUUUUAUAAUAACUGAUAAAUAUUCUUGAAUCUGGGUUUUGUUGAAAAAAGUAACUGAUAAAUAUUUCUUGAUUCAGGGUUUUUUUUUUUUUUUUUUUGAAAAAUAAGUGAUAAAUAUUUGUGGGUUGAAAGAUGAUUACAUGGUGGAGAAGUUGAAGGAGAAAAGUGGAAAUGGCAAGAGGAGAGUGGAGAGGAAACUGGAUGUCAUAUAAGAGAACAAUGAUUGUUAUUUGUUCAAUCAACAUUUUUAUUGCUCUCUAUGUGCUUCAUUCUCUUUACACUUCUGUCUAUAUGUACCCUUAUAGUGAUUCUCAAAGAGCUUCUAGGUAUACCCCAGAUCAGAUUAGGAAAAUGGAAGAGUCAAUUCAAUUGCGAAAACAACUAGAACCUGUAGAACUUAUUAAUGUGGUAAAUGGCUUAAAGGUCAAACUUUUGAUGGAUGAAAAGGUGCAACAAAUACCAGAGAAUAUUAAAGAGACGAUAACAGAUGAGAUACUAGCAACUUUGAAAGGCGUGAAUGCCAAUGCAGAUGUGACCGUGCUACAAGAUGCGGUGGAACGUUGGCGCAGAGAAAAAUUGAAAGAAGCCACAGAACUUAUUCAUAAGAAGACAUCAAAUUCAACUACUUCCCUAAAGGAGGCUAGGUUACUUGUACGAGCUUUGGGCGAUGACUGGGUUGAUACAUCAGAAGAAAUUGGUCUCUGGAUACCCGUUCAGGUCAUCAACACGGAACACAAUGACAAACCUGAGGGUGUUGAGGAACUUGAUUACGAAAUCGUAGCUGGCAAGCAGCUUCCUAUUGAGUGUCAUGCCGAAGCUCAUACUGAUUAUGGUGGUGAUGCUGUCAGAUGGGGCCUUACCCACCACAGAGAAACUGCAUAUGAUUGUUGUAUGGCUUGUUUGAAUCAAGCUAAGCAUGCCGGACCUAACGAAAAGAAAUGUAACAUAUGGGUUUACUGUCCAUCAGAGACGGGAUGCCACUCUCCGGAUAUUUAUCAACACAAGCAUCAGGAGUGCUGGCUGAAAUAUGUGUUUGUAUCAAUAGUAAUAAGUAAAUAUAUGGAGUCGAAAUGCAGAAAAAAGGCGGCCAUCUCAAGUGAAAAGUUCACUUUCUCUCCAACUGCAGGGGAUUUAUUCAUCUCUAAAAAGCUAAUGCAACAAAAAGAGGACAGCGACGAUGAAGAGAAGGAAGAGAGGGAGGAUUUCUUAUCUGUUGGGAGUCGUCUUUCACGCUGCUCAAGUGCUAUAAGCUAUGAAGCAUUUGCCACAGCUAAGACAACAUUGUCCCGUUGUUCAAGCUUGAACAGGAUCGAGUUUCCAGAUUUUCCGAGGCAUUCUGUGAUUAAGGAAUUCUCUCACUGUGAAGGAUGGCCAUUUGGUUUAUCGCGUAAACUGUUGUUCCUUCCACCUUUGCCAAAAUCCCCAGCUGAUUCUUGGUCAUGGAGAAAGAAUGCUAGAAUGAUCAAGAUACACUAAUUGCUGGUAUUCUAAAUAGUCAGAGGGAAUUUUACAUUUUUUUUUUCCAGAAAAGAAAGGAUGUUGAACUUCUUUUUUUCAUGUAUUCACUAUGUUUUUUCGACAAUGUCUAUAACCAUGUGUUGAAUGGUCCAUUUAUGUCACUUUAUUGUUCUUCCA